AUGGCAAGAAACGCUGUUACAGACCCUAGCAAAUGGCAAGAACUCAUAGAACAUAGCAAAAGCACAAUAACGUCUUUGGAACCUGUAGAUGUUGCUCUUCUCCUCAAUGGACUGUCAAGGUCCAGAAUCUAUGACCAGGAACUGUUUGAGGCCCUCAUUCCUUACAUUGUAAAUAAAUCGUCCUUCUACACAUCGGCUCACAUAGCCAUGGUCCUAUCAGCAUAUGGAAAGGGGCGUAUACUAUCGCAAGAAUUAUAUAACAGAUUAAAAACCGAAUUCUCCAACAGAUUUUAUGAGUUCAAUACGUCAUCAGAGAUCUGUAUGGUCAUAAAUGCAAUGUCCAAAUUCAAGGAAACGGACUUUGUAUUUCUAAAAAAUGUUUGUAAAAGAGUAAAUAGAAUCUUGAAGGGAAUAAAAUUCACUCCACAAGAACUUAGCGUAAUUAUAAAUUCGUUUUCUGAAAUGAACUUUCACGACAGAGAACUCUUCAAUAAUAUCGCAGGUAUUAUUAGAAGAACACUGGAUUAUUGUGACUUGCCGGGUGUUUUACGAAUACUUAACGCGUAUAUUAAGUGUGAAAACAAUUACAAUAGAAUACAAGAGGCCUGUAGAGAUGUUAUAAUUCGCAAGCUUUCAUAUCUGGAACCAAAGGAUUUAUCAGGUUCAUUACUCACUCUCUCCACAUUUAAAAAAACUGCAAGCGGGUCGCAGAAUUCUGUUAAUGCGUCUAUUCUCGAUGAUGUAACCAAUAAUAUCAAACAGAGGUGCAUAGAAAGUAUGGGAGUAUUGACCCUUUCUGACCUAUCAAAUUUUGUUGGUACUCUUUCAAAAUGUUUUCUUACGUUUGACAGUUCCGAAAUGCUCCUUAUAAUAUCUGCAUUCGAACUAAAAACUAAAGAAAUUGAUUCAAAGACCUCUUUUGACGUGAUGAAUACAACAAUAUCACUCUUUAAUAUUUAUCAAAGUUUUCUUUUAAGUAACAAGGAAGACGGAAAAGAUCUAAAGCGCAAAAUGACAAUUCUAUUGAAAAAAUGGAGUGAUUAUUCUAUGGUACAAAUGGAACAGUCUCUGCCAGAACUAAAUACUCUAAUAAGAUUUAUCAGCGUAUACCACAAAUUGGGAAUACACAACGAGACUCUAUAUAACAAGACAAGGGAUAUAAUAAUAUCGCAAUAUCUCACAAAAUUAAACAACAAAAUCGCAUUCGUACUAUACGAAAUAUUUAGCAAACAUUCCAGAGGUAGGAGUUGUAAAUUCAUAAAAUGUAUAUACUUUAGGGUCGAGCAAGCAUGA